GAGAAAUCGAAACUCAGCUGUUAAAACCGCUGUCCUUGCUCUUCAGAACCCUCUCCUCGAGCCUCCUAGGAGCCCUUCCCGGCACCCCUCCCUCAAAGACUAUGUACACCGGAGGCAGCAGGGCGCUGGGCCCAGGCUUCUUCCAGGAACAUGCUGGGGAUGGGCAGCGCAGGGAGCUGGGCCUGCAGAAACACCUGAAAAAGAGUUUGGAGGUGGCGGCUCCCAAGGACCCUAAAAUGGAGAGGCAGGGCCACGCUGACAGAGGAUUGCGGGGCCCCUACACUUUGAUAGUGCCAAAGGAGAGCCGGAGGCAGAAGAUCCAGAGAAUUGCUGAGCAAGAACUGGCAGACCUGGAGAGGUGGAAACAGCAGAACCGGGCAAAACCAAUCCACAUGGCGCCACAAAGGCUGGGGGGAAGCCAGUCUGAAUCUGAAGUCAGGCAGAAACAACAGCUCCAACAGAUGCGAUCGAAAUACCAGCAAAAGCUAAAAAGAGACGAAUCUAUUCGAAUCAGGAAGGAAGCUGAGGAAGCUGAGCUCCAAAAACUGAAGGCAAUCCAGAGGGAGAAGAGUAAGAAGCUAGAGGAGAAAAAGAAACUUCAAGAAAACAUCAGAAGAGACACAUUUAGGGAGCAUCAUCAGUCCAAAACUGCUGAGUUCCUGAGCAGACUGGACACAGACAUGAGGAGCAGAAGGGACUGUGAAGUUGUUGUUCGUGCUACCCAGUCCUGCACGUGGAAACUACCAGGCCUGCCUAGAGAUCCCAGCUGGGCCAGCAGCCAAGCACACAAGAAUUCUCCAUGGAAGGAAGACAACCAAAAAUUGCAAAAGACGAGGGACGGACAACACCGGAAGAAUAAAUUACUGGAAACUAAAGGACAGCACCAAGAGGAAGAAAGAGCCCAAAUCCAUCAAGCUGAGCACUGGAGGGUAAAUAAUGCUUUUCUGGACCGACUCCAAGGGAAAAGUCAACCAGAUGGCCUUGAGCAGUCUGGAGGCCGUUGGACUAUGAACAGUACCAACAGCUGGUGCCUGGACAACAUUCGUGGCAGCAGCGCAGGUGCCUGGGUUCUUCGAAUUCAGAUUGCAUCCACAGUUGUGCCAAUCACCACGUUGCUCACAGGUGUCCAGUUCCUUUCAGUAAAGGGAACAUUUUAUGCAUCGUUCCUGGAGCACCAGAUUCACUUUGCUUAG